AGCCAAGUAAAUACAACCAGCACAGAGUACUGUGAAAGAAAAGUUCUAUUACUGGGGAAUAAGAGAGAGGUUUGGAUCAGAAAAAAUGGCGUUGAGUGCGACGGUGAUCGGAGCAUUGCUAGGACUGGGCACCCAGAUGUAUUCUAAUGCCCUUCGCAAACUCCCCUAUAUGCGCCAUCCAUGGGAGCAUGUAAUUGGGAUGGGAUUAGGAGCUGUAUUUGUUAACCAGUUAGUGAAAUGGGAUGCUCAGCUCCAACAAGACCUCGAUAAGAUGCUCGAGAAAGCCAAGGCCGCUAAUGAGCGCCGUUACUUUGAUGAAGAUGAUGAUUAGCUUACGUGUUGAUUCUCUUUGCAACUUUUUGGACAAGGGGUUCCUCUUUCUGGAAAAUUGUAGCCUCUGAAUGACAUUUAUCAUGGGCUAUAUACACUUGUUGGUUCUUUUUUUAUUCUCUGUUGCUGAGCAUGUAAGGUUGCUAGAACUUUUGUUAACUUGUACUGAAAUGGCUAAAGCUGCACCUCAGAUAAUAAUUGAAGCAAUUGAGUGAUUUUCUUUGUUUCA